AUGCCUUAUCCUGAGGAAGCCGAGGGGUUCCAGAUCGACAGCGCGGAGACAUGGACGGAUUUCCACAAACGCCACUUCAAACUAAAACCGUUUGACGACUACGAUGUCGAUGUCAAGAUCAUAGCUUGUGGCGUCUGUGGCUCCGAUGUCCACACAAUCUCUGGAGGAUGGGGAGCCCAGCACUUCCCCCUGGCAGUUGGCCAUGAGAUUCUGGGUAUUGCCGUCCGCGUGGGCCCGAAGGUGACCUUGAUCAAGGAAGGACAGCGUGUCGGUGUCGGUGCACAGUCAUUCUCCUGCGGCGAGUGCAAGCAAUGUAAGAAUGAAAAUGAGACUUAUUGUCCGGUCAUCAUGAUCGAUACUUAUGGCAGCCAAUGGCCCGAGAAGUACGGCGGGGUUGUCUCUCAGGGUGGAUAUUCUAGCCAUGUCAGAACGAACGAGCGAUGGGUGUUCCCGAUCCCAGAAGGGCUGGACACCAACCUUGCCGCUCCCAUGCUAUGUGCGGGUCUUACGGCAUAUAGUCCGCUGGUGAGAAAUGGAGCCGGACCGGGUAAGAAAGUCGGAAUCAUCGGUCUUGGAGGGAUUGGACAUUUUGGGAUCUUAUUCGCAAAGGCCCUCGGAGCGGAGGUAUGGGCGAUAAGCCGAUCGCGAGCAAAGGAAGAAGAUGCAAGGAAACUGGGUGCAGAUGGGUUCAUUGCAACCGACGAGACCGACUGGGAGAAGGCACAUACAUUCUCGUUCGACCUCAUCGUGAAUUGUGCCAACUCCUCCAAAGGCUUUGACCUGGCCAAGUAUUUGAGUCUAAUGGAUGUGCAUGCUCCUUUUGUCAGUGUCGGGCUUCCCGAGGAAGCUGGCCAGGAGAUCAAAGCCCAAAAUUUGUUGGCCAACGGUGUUUUGAUUGGCGCCAGUCAUUUGGGAAGUAGAAGGGAGAUGCUGGAGAUGCUGCAACUCGCAGCAGACAAGGGAAUCAAAAGCUGGGUGGAGGAGAUUCAAAUCGGAGAAGAGGGCCUUAAGGAAGCGGUCACAAGGCUCAAGAAGAAUGACAUCAAAUAUCGUUUCACGUUGACUGGUUACGAUAAGGUGUUUGGGGCAUAG